AUGGAAGAUGAGACAUCCUCAAUCUUCUGUCUCGCAGACAGCAGUUCAAUUACGAGUUGGCAGAGCAAAGCCUCGGUGUCUCCUGCAGAUUUGGACAUAUCCUUUCAGUUUGAUGCAGAAAUAUUGAGCUCGAGAAUCUACAGCGUCGCAUAUCGGUCACACCUGAGACAGGUUAUUGCUUCUGAAAAGCAUGGAGAUACCACCCCUGUGACAGCAGCUCGAGAUUCUUCGAGAGCCAAGGGGGCUCACACUGACAUAGACCUCCUUUCUCUAGACCGACGUGCGGAUUUAGAGCACCGAACUUCAUAUAGGUCCGCCGGAAGAAAGUACUAUGAGCAAGACGGAGAUGGAGACAGAGUCAUCCCAAAAGAAAUACUUUGCUACCUGAAAGUGAUUCUUGACGGCAAACUCCUCUCAGAAAGAACCUCUUUCGAAAAACUUGAUUGGCAGGAUGAUGCUUCCUAUGGGACAGUCAAUAAUGCUGCGCAGAAUUGCUUGAACGCGUCUCCUGAAACGAUCAACAAAAAUGUCUGGCGCACAGACGGUGUCUGCAAGCUUUUUAGAAAGGACCAAGAAUGUUCCUCCAAAGCACUUGAAAUUGAGGAUCAGUGGUCCGAGGUCUUGCAUCUCAUCAUUGCAGAAUUCACGUAUGCUGCAGUGGACCGUCCCGGCAUUGAGAAAAAGAGGAGGAAAUUCAUACCACAGAAAGAUCUUUAUGCUAUCAUGUCACAGUCUGUUAUUGAACACCUGAUCAACAACGACGAGUCUUUGACAAAUACAGAACAUGUUGGUCAUGUGGACAGCCCGGUCAUGAACAAGAAGAAAUUUAUCCACGAUGUUGCAAGCUCACACAAACACUUACUUGCACUUUGUGUACAUGAAGAUCUUCCUCUGAUCUGCUUGUGGCAGAUGCUCUAUCUUAGGCCAAAGCCUGUUCAAUUUCCACUAGGAACCUCUGACAAACCGCCUGCAGCUGAAAAGAUCAAGUUUGAAAACCUGAUAUUCAAAUAA